CGUAAUGACUAAUCUAAUACGGAUGAUAUUAUAUAAUAUUGAUAUUAAUGAUAGUAAUGAUAAUGAUCAACUGUUUGCUAGCAUACUGUUGCUACUGUCGGUAAGUCUGAAGCAACAGGUCGCUCGUAAACGUUUGUGUUCCUGUCUGGGAAGUGUAAACAUGAAACGGGUAUUUUUCAUGUCCAUAAUGUAUGAUAUAUAUACUUGCGUACACUGAAUGAUGCUUCACUUGUUCUCCCGGUUUCGAGGGGCUACACUUGCCUCCAUUAACCUACGUUAGAGAGAACUUUGUAACUCAACAUCUUCGUACAAAUCAGCAUGGCUUCUUACUAUGGGUCGACAGGCGCUUCCUGCUUCGGCGGCGUCGAACCAAGAGGGAAUGAGGAUCUUGAGACAUACGUGGACUCUAUCCUCCCCGGGCCAUUCAGACCAAGUUUCGGGGAAGACCUGGACGCCAGGCGGUCUUUGGACCUGGACUUGGGAGCUGCAAGUCUAUGGCCUGACGACUCCCGCGAUGAGCUGAAUGCUUGCCUGGACUUUAGCAGACACCGUGGAGCAGGGUUCUCAUCUGGCGUACCUUACAAAGAUCAGGAUUAUUUGAGCGUGUGUGAUGUUUUGGGAGAAGCUGAUGGGGACCUUAACCUGUCCGACGGCCCUCUGUUGCUGGAUUCCGACCAACGCCUUCAGGACUCGGGACACUCCUUGGGCGCCGCCUCGUCCCCCUCCAGCAGAAAGGGAUACCGGCACAGACACACGAGAAAAUACCUCCAAGACGAGCGCCUUCGGAAGGAACGGGAACGCGAACUCAACAACGAGGCGUCCGUGCUUCGACGAAACCUCAGGCGCUUGAUCAUGGCUUUACUACGAGUCGACAGGCGCUUCCUGCUUCGGCGGCGUCGAACAAGAGGGAAUGAGGAUCUUGAGACAUACGUGGACUCUGUCCUCCCGGGACAUUCAGACCAAGUUUCGGGGAAGACCUGGACGCGCAGGCGGUCUUUGGACCUGGACUUGGGAGCUGCAAGUCUAUGGCCUGACGACUCCCGCGACGAGCUGGAUGCUUGCUUGGACUUCAGCGGAAAGAAGGCAUCAGGUUUCACAUCUGCCAUGUCCUACCAUGGUCGUGAUUAUUCGAGUGUGUGUGAUGUUUUGGGAGAAGAAACAAAUGGCCUUGACCUGUCCGACGGCCCUCUGUUGCUGGAUUCCGACCAACUCCUUCAGGACUCGGGACACUCCUUUGGCGCCGCCUCGUCCCCCUCCAGCAGAAAGGGAUACCGGCACAGACACACGAGACAAUACCUUCAGGACGAGCGCCUUCAGAAGGAACGGAACCGCGAACUCAACAACGAGGCGUCCGUGCUGUACCGAGAGAGGAAGCGGACGGCGACCUCCAAGAAGGAGAAGCAGCUGCAACACUUGCAACAGGAGAACGAUCAGCUUUGCUAG